UCUUGCAGGAAGAAAGGAGAGCUCUCGUCUACUUCCCUCUCCUUCUCUUCCCUCUUUGCUUCCUCCCACCGCUUUCUUUCAGCGAUUGGGGGGAAAUGGAGAGGCGGCUGGGAGAGUUUGCCUGGCAGAGGAGCCCCUGAAGUUGGGGAAGGCGCCGGGAAGGAGGCCUUGUUCUGCCUGUGAUCUGCCAGCUUGUGCUGAAACAACUUGGGGAGGAUGCAGGGAGGCACUGGGCUGGCAGCAGUAUGGCUCAUGUUCCUGGCUGUGCCCGGUACCCUGGCGGGGCAGGGCAAGAAGCCUGCGUUCACUCCUAUCUUCACCCACAGGCCCUUCAUUGUGGCCUGGAAUGUGCCAUCUCAGGAUUGCCAGCCUCGUUUUAAGGUCCAGCUAGACUUCAGUCUCUUUGACGUGCAGGCCUCGCCCAAUGAAGGUUUUGUGGACCAAAACCUGACUAUUUUCUAUAAGGAGCGCUUAGGACUCUACCCCUACUACAAUGCCCAGAAAGUGGCAGUGAAUGGCGGUGUCCCUCAGAACAGCAGUCUGGAGGAGCACCUGGCCCGCUUAGAGGUCAACAUUCAUAGGUACAUCCGCUCUGAAACAAAGGAGGGGCUGGCUGUCAUUGACUGGGAAGAGUGGAGACCUAUCUGGAUCCGGAACUGGCAGCCAAAAGACAUCUACCGUACUGCCUCCCGUCAGCUUGUGCAAUCUCGGCAUGUUGAUUUGUCAGAGGAACAAAUAAAGAAGAAGGCUCAGUAUGAAUUCGAAUCAUCAGCUUCUUCCUUUAUGAAGGAGACCCUGAGACUUGCCAAGAGCUUCCGUCCUCAGCAGCUGUGGGGUUAUUAUCUUUUCCCCGACUGCUACAACCAUGAUUACAGCAAGAACUUGGACAGUUACACCGGUCAUUGCCCCGAUGUGGAGAAGACACGCAAUGACCACCUGGCCUGGCUUUGGAAGGAGAGCACAGCCCUCUACCCUUCCAUAUAUUUGGAGGAGAUAUUGGCCAACUCCAUAAACGGACGCAAGUUUGUCAGGUCUCGGGUUCAAGAGGCCCUACGGAUCUCUCAGCAACAUCAUGAUGACUAUGACCUGCCUGUCUUUGUCUACACCAGACCCACCUAUAACCGUAGACAAAAUCUCACCUACCUAAGUGAGAUGGACUUGAUCUCCACGAUUGGAGAGAGUGCUGCCUUGGGAGCAGCUGGUGCUAUUUUCUGGGGAGAUGCAGAAGAUACCAAAAGUCGGGAAACCUGCCAGGUGCUUAAAAAUUACAUGGACGAGAACCUAGGCCGUUACAUUGUCAAUGUGACCACAGCGGCUGACCUCUGCAGCCAGACUCAGUGCAACGGCCAUGGGCGCUGCCGCCGCCGCCAGAGCGAUGCCAAUGUCUUCCUGCAUCUCAACCCAACCAGCUUCAAGAUCCUUCGCAAUGAACCCGGUUCGCAGGCACCACUGCUGGAGGCCAGAGGGAAGCUAUCUCAGGGAGACACGGACUUCCUAAAGGGCAACUUCCAGUGCCAUUGCUACCAGGGUUGGCGGGGGGAAGGAUGUGAGGAGCAGCUGAACCCACCGGGUGGCGGCCCUGGUCUUUCCUGGAACAUGGGACUCCACUUGCUGAUGACUCUCCUCCUCCUGGCCUGUUUGCACUAGGGCUGCCUCUAACUGGAAUCAGAGUGGUGUGCAAAUGGGUUCCUGGUGCAUACAGUGAGAGCAAGGUGGGAUGUGGUAGGCAGUGAAAGGUAGCCAGAAAAGGGUGACAUAGGAGUGAUUUGGCCUCUCGGGGUUUUUUUAUAUUUUUAUUUAGCAGUGAUGUAGCAGACCUACUAUUUAAGAGACUGUCCUACCUCUCUCAUGUGUGCCACUGGCCUUUGAGAGGCUGAAGGGACCCUUCUGCCCUCCCACAGACAGUAUCUCUGUUCACAGGCAGAUAGAUGACUGUAAGACAAGACUGGUAGUGAUGGUGGAGUGCUGCCUUGAGGCAUGGCCAGGUCUACCUUUCUCCCCAUCGCCCCUGGUCUUGAGCUGUCCAAAAGUGCCUCUGAGAUAAAAACAGACUUGGUGCCUUGGAUUAGCUACCCAAAGGGAAAGCAAGACUUGGAGAAUGAGACAAGUCUAAAAGACAUUAGAGACCAGGGAGAUGGGAAAGAAGGGACUGAAUGUCUGUGCCUAUCAUCUUGAGACCUUUUUUUGAGAGUGAGAAGUCUGGGUCUAGACUGCAAAGACUGAUGAAAGAAGUGCUUGACUCUUCUGUUAUAAGGAGGGAUGGAGUCACCAUUAUAAAAAAAUGGAGCACAGACCCAAGGAGAGGAAAAUGGUGGGUUUGAUGGAGCUGCUGUAGUGAGGAGAAAUUGCUGCUGUUAUGUGUCUCUUUAAGAUGCAGGACAAGUACUGCUCAGUCAAUAGGGAUUUUCCUGGAGGGCAGCAAGCAUUGGAGGGAAAAUACCCUUUUGCUUACUGGUGGAUCGGUGAGCAAUGUAUUUUUUAAUUGCCUAGAUAAAGAUAUUCAUGGGAAAUGCCAUGCCCUGUCCAUGUGUGUGUGGCCAGUGUUCAGUCGGAACCCUGCAUCUGUUACAGGAAAACCAAAAAGUUUUACCUCAAAAAAAUUAAAGACACACAGAGAAAAUCA